CUUUCCUCACUUCCUCUUCGUCGCUGACACCUUUGGGUGCUCCUUUUCGUUGCAGAACUUGAGCGAUCCGCAACUGGACGUUUGCUGGAAUUGAGCGCUCCGUUUCUGUGCAUUUUCUACGGCAAGAGUCAUAUCGACCACGUUUGGGUGACUACGCAGUCAUAUACGGUCGUCAUAGCCCGUUUCUCCAUACCAGCGCAACACCCCUAAUUGCCUUUAAAGACACAACAAAACUUUCCUGCCGUCAUGUUCUGGGAACCUACGACGAUUCUGCAGCACGGCGCUGGCGAAUGCCUCGCAACGUGGGGCGGCAAACCGCGUCCCCUGUCCCUGCAGUUGAAGCCUCUCUCCUUCGUGAACUGCGCCAAUCUAUCCUACGCACUCAAGUCGCCUUUCCACACCGCUACCUUCGACAUCUCUACGUUCUCGCGCACGCUUGCUUCACCCUCUCCUCACUCACCACCCCCAUCCACCGAGCUCGCUGUCGAACCCACAUCCACACAAACCGCACGUGUUCACACGGAGAAUCCUGUCGUUGAACCUUCGAUCAUCAACAGCCUUCCCACCGAGAUCCUUUGCCUCAUCUUUGAAGAGUAUCUAAUCUCGCCUACGGACGAGAACGGGGACGUCGAGAUGGACGGGGAGACACCCAUCCCCACCGUCUCCUCGGAUUUCGUCAACUCUCCUCUCACAUUGAGCCAUGUCUGCAAGCACUGGCGCUCGACGGCCAUCGCGCACAAGAAGCUCUGGAGCACGAUCGCAGUGUCUAUCAAGCCUCAUUGCGAAAACGCGGCUGUCCGUGGCAAGAACCUCGUUCGAUUACUCCGGCUCUUCCUUUCACGUGCGAAUGGGACGUCCCUCAAGAUUUCGGUUGCUUCGCAUCGUGAUUCGGAUGUGAUGUCUCAUCAUGAAGUGGGGCUCGCUUACACCGUCGUACAGAUCUGCCUCGCCCAUGCGAGUCGGUGGAGGAGUCUUCGGUUGCAGCUUCCCAGUGAAGAGCUGCAGAGGGCCUUGGUCAGGUCAUUGGAGGAGAGGAGAGAGGUGUUCUCGGAGUUGAGGGAGUUGAUGUUGGAUGUGGGGUGUGAAUGGGAGGACGAGGAAGAGUCAGGGGUGCACCCUGGUGCUCUGAUCUAUGAUGCCAUCUUCCGAGCCUCACCCAAUCUUUCAAACCUCGUUAUCGAUGAUGACCUUCUCGCCUUCCUCGAGUCUCCUAACCACAAUCUCGAUGCCGUCAUCCCGUGGUCACAUCUCAAGAGCAUCGAAGUUGCAUGCACCGCCAUCCCUGCGAGACGGUUAUUGGAUAUCUGCGAGAAGGCGACGAAUGUGGAGAAGUUGAGUGUAUGGAGGGUGUCUGAAGAGGACGAAGAGUCCCAGGUGGAGGGUGGUGACGUCCGACAGGGCCGUGGUCUGGUGUCGAUGCCGAAGCUCUCGCAAGCAAAGGUCGCACUCCUAUCUCAUCCUCGAGGGCUUCUGUCUUCUCUCGCCCUUCCGUCCCUUCGGAACCUCGAAUUGGACGUGCAGGGACUUGGAUACUCUUGGUCAAGCGCUCGGUCACCUGUUUCAUCGUUGGACGACUUCGUCAAGCCUUUGGAGACGUUGCUCGACAACUCGAACGCGUCGUCGUUGCACUCGAUACGCUAUCGCGUCAAGCAGCAGUGUUUGGCUUCUGGAGACGGUCAGGUGGUGGACCAGCAGUGGUGCAGGGAGAAGGGCCUAAAACGAUUGGCUUGCGUUGAGGUGCUGGAGGUUGAGAUUUACAAAUUCUGAAAAGAAGCUUGCUCUUCUGUUGUGCGACAACUAUUUCUGGGAUUAGAACAUCGUUGGACUCUUUACGUUGAUCUCUGCUUUCAUACUUACUCGCUAUCGACAUCGCUUUGAUACUCAUGUACACUAAUUUAUACUUAUGCUAAUCACUCUAAUCUAUCACUUCGGUUUUCGCAA